CAAUAAUGUUUAAUUUGUUGUGGUUACAUUCUCUUUGAUUUGUGGAAGGAAGUAGGAACACUCAUCACCAAAGAGAAUUAUAAUUUGACUCAUCCAUCACUAGUGUAAUCUAUAAUUCUCUUUGAGAGUGAUACCAAAUAUCCAAACGAAUUAUUGUGCGUUCGUGAAUUGACAUUUUUUCGUCAUCCUAUUCAUCAUUUUAACCUGGUUUUAGUCUUUAGCAUUUUUCAUACAUUUCCUGGUAUAUUUAAUCUGAAAAAUGUCUGCGACAGCUUUGUUCGGUAACACGUCCGGCCUAGGAGGGAGCUCAGGGGGAAACAAGCAUUUGGUAGAGUUUCGCGCUGGCCGUAUGACUUUGAAGGGCCGCAUGGUACAUCCGGACAAGAGGAAAGGGCUAUUGUAUGUGUAUCAAGGCGAAGAUUCGUUGAUGCAUUUUUGUUGGAAAGAUCGUACCACUGGAGAAGUUGAAGACGACCUAUUGAUAUUUCCUGAUGACUGCGAAUUCGUUCGUGUAAACGAAUGUACCACAGGGCGAGUCUAUGUUCUCAAAUUCAAAUCCCUCUCAAAGAAGUACUUCUUUUGGAUGCAGGAACCUAAAUCAGAUAAGGAUGAUGAUUAUUGCCGACGCAUUAAUGAGGCCUUAAAUAACCCUCCUACAUCAGGGGGCCGUGGGGGCGGAGGCAGUGGAGGGCAGGAUGGUGAAUUGCAGAAUCUUCUUAAUAACAUGUCACAGCAGCAGUUAAUGCAAUUGUUUGGAGGAGUGGGUCAGAUUGGAGGCUUGUCCUCACUGCUUGGGACAAUGGGUAACAACAGCAGUAACAGCGGCAACAGCGGUAGCCGCCCAUCGGCUGGCAGUGGAACUCGCGGCGGUGGAGCGGCGCGUGCGCCAAGUAGAGCGCGCGACGCGGCUGCCCCCGCGCCCGCUGCUGCUCCCGCCGCUGCCGCCGCCGCCACGCCGGCGCCUGCUACUGCACCCGCCGCUGCCGCCACUGCCGCCACUCCGGCGUCCGCUACUGCUCCUGUUGCAGCAGACACUGAUUCCCCAGCACAGCCUAGAAGUGGACAGAUUUUCUUGUCAGACUUGCAGCGUUAUUUCUCGGGACUAGGCAACGCGCCCCCAGAAGGUGACGACUCGAGCGCGGGUGCCACCGCUGGCACGGAGUCGAGCUCGGCAGAUCGCGCGGGCGCGGUGACGCUGUCGAGCAUGCUGGCGUCACCGGAGGUGAUUUCGGUGGCGACGACCCCCGAGAACGUGGCGCAACUGACGCCGCUGCUGCCGCCCGCGCCGACCGGCGUUGCUCAGGAUGAUGUAAGGACCACACUGCUCUCACCGCAGUUCGCUCAGGCCGCCAACCUAUUUUCAUCGGCAUUGAGUACCGGAGAAAUGGGUCCCGUGAUGACCCAAUUCGGACUCCCGGCAGAAGUGGCGGCUGCUGCGAGCACAGGUGACAUGGGAGUCUUCUUCAAAGCAUUGGAAAAUACCUCUGGAGAGUCCGACAGCAGCAAAUCGAAAGAAGGCGACGAUAAAAAGAAAGACGACAAACCUAAAGGAAGCAAUAACGACAAAAAAGACGAUGAUGCUGAAAUGUCCUUGGAUUAAUUUUUUUUAGCAACUUAUUUACGAUCGUUAAAAGGGAUUUGCAUUAUUAAUUUGUAUUCUGUUAACGGUUUAUUACUAAUCUACUAAUAAAGGUGUAGUGUGUUUA